UCCUCAAUUGAACACAGUGAAGUUAAACGCUCGGACAUCCCGCUACAGAUUCUCGUGGUGUUUGACUGAAAGAAACUCGACCACAGUUACUUUUAAACGACUGAAUCUGAAGCGACAGUGUAUCAGAUGUGUGUAAAUGCCAGCAGUGGACAGGACUGUGAUGACGGCAAUAAAUGUUUCCUGUGUUGCUGCUGCUCGCCCUGCAGCCUGCUGCAACACUAAUGACUAAUGUGGUUUCUUAACACACGGCCGCAUUUCAGUGAAGCUGCCCCUCAACUAGUUUAGACUACAAGUCGUCAAGAUGACUCGGAUCUUCUGGGAUACAAUCUUUCUCAUAAGCGGUACUUUUAGUAUGUCUGUGGUACUCAAUGGUUCCCUCUUUACAUUUGGAGCAGGGCCGAGCAAUUCAACAAUUAUUGAAGCCAGCAUUUCAAUCAAUUUGAACUCCACUGCUGCUCCGAGCACCUCGACAACCACCUCUGCAGCAACCAGCAGCAGAAGCACAACGGCUGCAACAGUUAUUCCAACUACUACAACCAACGUCCCUCCAGUUAAAACUUCCCUCUUUACAUUUGGAGCAGAGCUGAGCAAUGCAACUAUCACUGAAGCCAGCAUUUCCAUCAGUACAAACUCCACUGCUGCUCCGAACUCCUCAACAAGCCGCUCUGCAACAAGAGGCACAACUACCACAACCACUGCGACUACUACAACUAUCAUCCCUCCAGUUAAAAAGUUUGUGGCAGCGGCUGUUCGGUCUCAUUUUGACGACUGUCCAGACUCCCACCGCCAUUUCUGCUUCCACGGCACGUGUCGCUUCCUGAUACUAGAGGAGACACCUGCAUGUGUGUGUCAUGCAGGCUUUGUCGGGAUGAGGUGCGAGCAUGCAGACCUGCUCGCUGUAGUAGCAACUAAUCACAGACAACAGACCGUUGCCACAGUGCUGGUGUUGUGUGUGAUUGGGUGUGUUCUCAUCAUGGUGUUGUGUACACUGUUACAUUGCUGGUGGAGGCAGGACUGUCGCAGGAGGAGACACGCACAUCACUACAUCCCAGAGAAGCACGGAGCGUCCUGCUAUCCUUCUGAGAGUGUGGUUUGAGAAGACAUAUUGCUGGAACAUGAGCUGAUUGCAUCACGGCGUGUUUAGUUUUCCUCGUCUUGUCCGGCCCACAAACCCUCAGGAUUGCAUCCAAAGUGGUACUCACAUGUUCUGAUCAAGCAGACCUGGCCAGAGGCGAAGAAGCACCAUCUUCAGUGUGGCUAAGGUAGGCCUGCUCGAUGUGGGAGGUUAACCCAUUUUUUUUUUUCCCCCACUGACUGCGACCUUUGACCUGAAGCACCGUAGGAACAUGUUUACUUCACUAUUUGAUUUUGUGGAAAUACCUGCAGAACUACAACAGUCUGUUAGAAGCUCUGAGGAUGAAGCUGCUGCCAAAUCCUACAUGGGAAGAGCUCCGCGUGUCCUGAUUACUGUUUAUGGCUGGCCUAGAGGACACGAGAAAUGAUCCAUUAAGGCCAUUAAUCGUCCUGUGUGGAUGUUGAAUAGGAACGCUGUUUAUUUUGGGCUGUGGGACAAGAAUCAUUGAAUUAACUUAAGUCAGAAGACCCCAAUUCCUAUUUUUGUCUUUUAAUAACUUUGCACACAUUUCAUCAGAACUCUACAAGCACAGAGGACAUUUUUAAGAAAUUCUGGUGGGGGGGAAAACUGAUGCUUUAAAGAAGUUUUAGUAUCUGUUUUUAAAGAAGGAACUCACUUCACCUGACAGGAGUAGGAAUUGUUUAAUGGACUGACUGCUGUUGUAUUAAAAAACCCUGGACUUGAAUCUGUAACUUACACAAAUUGUUCAAAUAUGGUUGUGAGAAAACAAUCAUCCAGGUAUUUUUUUCAAAUGAUUUGACCCCAGUAUUGCUACUGAAGUUGAAAUAUUUGUCAGUUUUAUUUUUAAUUCCUGAGCUGUUACUUGAACAUGUUCAUGCAUCAGAGGUUUUUGAUUUGCAGGCUAUAACUUUAAAGACACAUGCACAUCCUGGGAGGCCACAUUAUUAUUAUUAUUAUUAUUAUUAUUAUUAUUAUUAUUAUUAUUAUUAUUAUGGUCCUAUUGUAUUGUUGCACUUUUCUGCAAGCUUGCUCAUUGUUCAUAAAAAAAAAAACUGCACUUACUGCACACUGGUCACUUGGAGAGAGUGUCCACAUAAUGAGAGAUGCCAAAUACACUCGUUUCUAACUUUUGCCUGAAUGAGCACUGAAGGGAAGAGGCACGCAGUUUGUACAAAUCCACCUAAGCAUGCAUGCACCUAAAUCACAGCUUGUAUUUUUAAAGACACAAAACACUUUAUAUUAGAGUGGUGUGUUAUAGCAUUGCCUCUGCUUUGAAUUUAAAUACUUUUAAAGAGAGAAAAGCCUCUGAAGGUUAAUUUAAAACAAAAUAUUUAAGAUUUUCUUAAAAAGAAAACUGGAAAAAUAAUCGGUGAAGGAAUAUAAAAUGAUUACAAACUGACUUGGGUACGACGUGUGUACACGAAAAAAAAACAAAAAACUUCCAUGAUAAAAUGAAUGUGAUGGUAUUAAAAUGCCAAAAGACUCCGAGGGGAUGAUACGCUUGUCUUUGUUUACAGUAUGUGAUGAUAUUUACAUUCAGAAUAUGUAUUGAUGUUUGUUAUUACAGCAUUUUAUGUGUAAAUAUCUCAACCAGAGUGAAAUAUUCAAUGUGUAUAUAAGGUGUCAAUACAAAAUCAUCUGAAAAAGGGUGAUCCUCUAAUGCAUUAACCCUUUACUUUGUAAGAUUUCUGUUGUCACAAUUGGAAAGCUUAUAUUAUUUUGUUUUCCAAUGAAAUGAAUUAAAAAUGCAAUCGCG